AGGCUGGUCACAUGACAGUCACAUGACUCCAAUGGCAUGUCCUCCUUCCCCCCCUCCGUCCCUGAUUAGCUGGCUUCCUAUAAGAAGGAUGAAUUUUCCAAGGCUAAUUUCGUUCACCAAGGCCUGUGAAAAAUCAGAUUGGUGGGAAAAUGGAGAGCAUAAUACCAAGAAACCCUUCAAAUCGUAUGAGGUUGCCACUACAGGGGAAGAGGCAAGAAGCUUCUAUGAGAGUCUUGUAGGUACUGACAGAGAGUCGUCGGCUUCAGGAAAACCAUCUCGGAAGCGCAGAGUUCCCAGAUCUCCAUCACAAGAAGAGCCACGUGCAGAGUCUUCAGAGAGCGGACCAAAUACAUCGGUCCGGGAAACACCAAACCAGAGAGUGGGCCACCAGCUGCUCAGAUGUUCACAAAACGGAGACAUGAAAGGUUUGAGACAGCUGGUGGAAAAAGAACAUUGUGACAUCAAUUUCCGAGAUAGAUACUAUUGGACACCGCUGAUGUGUGCGGCAUUUGCAGGUAAAAAAGACGCUGUGAGUUACUUGUUGAAAAGACGAGCAGCCUGGGUUGGCGUUUGUGAAACUCGAGGCAAAGAUGCUCUAACAUUAGCAGAGGAAGGAGGGCACCAGGAGGUUGUCAAGCUUCUGCAGGAUUCUUUGAAGGGUCAGCCGGAGGAAUCGCAACCAAGAACCCAGCCGCUAGAAAGAAAAUACUGCAAUGUUUGCAAGACGUAUUAUCAGGAAGACAGCAUAGACACACAUGAACGAUCUACCGUACAUCUCUUCAACAAGAAAAAGAAAAUCCCAUCUACAUAUUAUGCUAUCCCAGAGCACAACGUGGGCUUUAAGAUGAUGCUUAAGGAAGGCUGGGACCGGGAAUCAGGCCUGGGACCGGAAGGGUCAGGCAGAAAAUUUCCUGUUCAGACCGUUCUCAAGAGAGACCAAAAAGGUCUUGGCUUUCAGAGUGAACAGAAGCCCAAAGUCACCCAUUUUGCUGCAAAUGACAAGCUAGCUGUUGCUGGGUCACAGACUAAACAUGUGAGGACAGAAAGGGUGGCUACGGUCAGCAAAAAAGAAGAAAAAAGGAAGGAAGCCAAAACUAAAGCCUGGGAAAGGGAUUUGAGGACAUAUAUGAACAUUGAUUUAUGAUAUUGUGUUUUUUUUUUAACAUAUUCUUUGUUUUGGGCAACGAUAGAAUCUGUUUGCACAAUAAAAGAACCUUCCUUCAGGCAACAAAAGUGGUCA